GUCGAGGCCGGGAUAGAUUCCUCUUCCUCCUCCUGACUGAGCUGUGUCUGUACAGCAAAGGAGUCGGCAUGGCUAUAGCACCACCUCCAUUCCUUCUGGCUCGGGAAAUGGGUUUCCAGGUGUCAGCUCUUUGGGUUGCUGGAAAUUUCAGCUGUGUUGUUCCCUCUGAUGUUUCUCUUCCCAGGUAACUGGAAGGAUGUCGGAGGGGAGUUCAGGCAACGACGCUGGAAACCCAGGCAGCCUUCGGCCUGGACUCACUGGGGCACGGGGGCUGAUAGGGAGGAGACCUGCCACCCCCAUUACCCCUGGGCGCCUCCCCUCCAUCCGUUCCCGAGAUCUUACCCUUGGAGGAGUAAAAAAGAAAACUUUCACCCCCAACAUAAUUAGCAGGAAGAUUAAAGAAGAGCCAAAAGAGGAUAUCUCCAUCAAGAAAGAGAAGAAAGAGAGAGAUCGGGAUCGGCAGCGAGAUGGCCAUGGGCGAGGCAGAGGGAGGCCGGAGAUCAUUCAGUCCCAUUCCAUCUUUGAGCAAGGCCCAGCAGAAAUGAUGAAGAAGAAGGGCACCUGGGAUAAGACUGUGGACAUGUCAGACUUUGGACCUUCCCACAUCAUCAACAUAAAGAAAGAGAAGAGGGAGACGGACGAGGAGACCAAGCAGAUCCUGCGUAUGCUGGAAAAGGAUGAUUUCCUUGAUGACCCACGCUUGAGGAAUGACAUCCGGAACAAGCCAGUUCAGCUGCCCCUGGCCCACUCAGGCUGGCUGUUCAAGGAGGAGGGCGAAGACCAGGAAGAUGUGAAGCCUUUCGCCACCAGCACCAAGGAAGAGAUGAUGGAAGUGGAUUUGCCUUCAGUGAAAGUGAAAGAGGAGCCCCGCGAUGAGGAGGACUCAAAGGAGCCACCGGCGGUUGCCAAGCCGUCUCAGACAAAGGCACCUCCCAGCUACCCGCAAGACAUCUCCGUGGCAGAGUUGCUGCAGAGUCUGAGCCUGACCAAGGAGGAGGAGCUGGUCUUUCUGCAGCUGCCGGACACGCUCCCUGGGCAGCCGCCCACGCAGGACACCAAGCCCAUCAAAACAGAGGUGCAGAAUGAGGAGGGACAGAUGGUGAUGGUGAAGCAGGAGAAGAACCAGGAGGCCAAGCAGGCUGAGAACAUCUGCACCCUGGGGGACCUGCCUGAAGGGCAGGUGGGGAAGCUGCUGAUCCGCAAAUCAGGAAAGGUGCAGCUGGUUCUGGGCAAAGUGACUCUGGACGUGACCAUGGGGACCCCCUGCUCCUUUUUGCAGGAGCUGGUAUCUGUGGGCAUUGGAGACAGCAGAACUGGAGAGAUGAUCAUCCUGGGACACGUGAAGCACAAGCUGGUGUGUUCCCCAGACUUUGAGUCCCUGCUGGAACACAGGCAUCGAUAAGAGAAAGGAAAGAAGGGGUGGAGUUCUCUGUGGUAUUCUCCUCUCCUUGGUGGAGGUUCAGCUCAGAGGUUGGCUGCUCCUCUCGUCGGCCUGGGAUGUCCAUACCAGUUCAGGUUUUGUUCUGGCUACAGGACGCAGGUGCAUGUCAGAGGAGGGUUUCUCACUGGGGCCGUGCAAUGCCCUCUGUGCCACUAUGCUGCCUAGGGGCAUCUUGCUCUUAGAAGCCUCCCACCCAUGUUCUUUGCUGACUGUGCUCAGAGCAAGGGGAGUUGGGAGGGCUCCUCCCCUCCAGCUGUAGCUAUAAACAAGAAUUACAGGGGACAAAUGCACUCCUGUCCCCACUGGCACGAGUUUACAUAUGUUCCCACCCUGUGUAUAUAGAAAAGCUACAGUGACUCUAGCCUCUGCCUGUGGACCUAGCACUGGACUUGAGACAACAGGGGUUUGGGUUUCAGGCAUGGGUGGGGUGUGCCAUAGCCUUUUGGUACCAGUGAGGGAGAUUUCCUUCCCCACUUCUGACUGUAUAUGAACCUGCGGCAUCUUACCAUGUCCACCUGCCUUGCACUGGCAGAGUCUCUACAUCCAGCUGCCACCAUUGGGCUGAAGGAGGACUGGUCCAGGAGGCAUGACAAAGCAACUCAAGCUGCUUCCUUCUGCUCCCCCUGUGGUUGAGUGAGCUGCCUCUGCCUCUUUCACCCUCCCAAGCCCUGCUAGGAAAAGCCCGGAAGCCAAGCCCAGGGCCCCAUCUUGGAGACUGUUAAACUUUUACCAGUGGUUUCCCUUUGACCAGAGAUAUGAAGUGAGCUGUUCCUAUCGGGUAUCUGAUCUGCCUGUCAACAUCCAGGCUGAAAUUCUGCCUCCUUAGCUGUAGCAGCCUGUAUGUGUUUAUAGGAUGUUUACACUGCAGUUAGACACCCUCGGCUGGCCCAUGCCAGCUGACUCAGGCUCUGUCUA